ACUUCAAGAAAAUGACUCUGAUGGUUUUUUUUGUAAUACUGAUUAUGGAAUCUGCCACUGAGAAACUGUGCCCCCUUCGUGCCUCCAUUGAUGUUCUAGAAGGGGAAUAUUUUUUCCUUUGUUAUCUUGAGUCAAGGCAAGAACAUUUUCAGGAAGACACAAUAAACUGGUACAAAGAAAGUGCUGGAAAUCUGCAGCUGAUAAAGGAAACACACAGAAUUGUUUUACAAAUGAAUUUUCUGGAGUUUUGGCCAACUGAACUCAGUGACUCUGGGAAUUACUCUGUGAUUCACAGCAAUGGAAAACAAAAUUUCACAAUUCAAAAGUGGACCUUGAAUGUACUUGAAAGAAAUAAAAGCAGCUGUUUCAAUGAAAAUCAUUUAAUUACAGAAAUUAAAAGUGCUGGAACUGGUCAUUCACUGAAAUGCAGUGAUUUGUCUGUCUAUGAAAAUGACAGCAUAACAUGGUACAAGGACUGUAAGAAUUAUGAACAUGAAACGGAGAGGGAACUAAGUUUUAGAACCUUAACAGUACAGAACUCUGGGAUAUAUACCUGUAAAAUUUCAAUCAGUCAUGAAGGAAUGGUAUACUACAGCACAAAUACAAUUAAACUUGUAGUAGAAGAAGAUGCACCAGAGGCUGUCACUUUGGAGAUAGUUGGACAUCAUGAAGAAAUUGAAACAGAAAUAGGUAAAGAAGAGAUACUCAAUUGCACAGGUUUCUUGGGUUAUUAUAUGCAAGAAGAUGCCAGCCUCUACUGGUUAAUUAACCAAACAUUUCCAGAACAAUGCACAGGUAUUCCUGAGAAUGAACCUUCAAUAUGUGAAGAAGAACUCAAAAAACUACAGUUGGGAAACAAGUUCUAUAUCACAAGGCUUCUGUGGAUAAAAAAAGUAAGAGAUGAGGACAUGCUUCAUAAUUUCACCUGCAUGUUGCAAGCUGAUGAAAGCACGCAGAUAAAAAUAGUAAAACUGAAGAAAGGGAAGACUCAAGACCUGCAUGUGCACAUAUUUACCACUGGAAUGGUCCUUGCUGUGCUAUUUCCAUUUGUAGCUGUAGCUGUGGUAUUUGUGUCGGUGAUAUUUAGGGUCGACUUUGUUCUAUUUUACAGAAAUAUAUGCAGAAAAGAUGAUACUGCUGGAGAUGGAAAAGAAUAUGAUGCAUUUGUGUCUUACUUGAAAGACUGUGUUUCUCCUAUUGAAGAAGAGAGAGAAUUUGCUUUGAAGAUACUGCCCAUGAUAUUAGAAGAGAAAUUUGGGUACAAGUUAUGUAUAUUUGAGAGAGAUGUAUUCCCCGGAGGAGCGGUUGUUGAUGAUAUCCAUUCAUUCAUUGAUAAAAGCAGAAGAUUAAUCAUUAUAUUGAGCCAGAACUACGUUUCUGACAGAGCCAUAUAUGAACUUGAGAGUGGAUUGCAUAAAGCUCUAGUUGAAAGAAAAACUAAGAUCAUAUUAAUUGAAUAUAUGCCUAUAAGUGACUACAACUUCUUGCCAGAAUCAUUGUCACUUUUACCAGCAAAGAGGGUGGUGAAGUGGAAAAAGGAUAAAUCUCUUCCUGUGAAUUCCAGAUUUUGGAAGAACCUUCGGUACCUGAUGCCAGCAAAGCCUAUCAAGAUAAAGACCAAAGGGCACUAUAAUAAUCUUGACUUAGGCUCAGAAGCUGCUCGACCCUGGACUGAGGGCUGCAACUUUAAUGCAAUCUUUUAACAAUUCUGGACAGAUAUAACAGAAAACUUUCUGUUUUGCUAACUAAUAGAACUAAAUAAACUACUGUUUUGGGAAAUAGCUUUGAUUAAGAGGGCAACUCUGAGAUCAGAGAAGAAUGCAGAAGUUUCUGCAGUGGGCAGGAUGCUGUUAACCCCAAUUGCUAAACUCUAUUCCAGAGAAGGCUUCUUCAGCAAUCUGCACAAGGAGCAGAAGAUUAAUUCUGCUUAGGAUUUACUACACGGAAAAACCCAAAACCAAUAGAGAAAAGGGAGGUUAGAAAGAGUAAGGCAGUUUUGGAUGGUUUAACAGUAUUUACUACUAAGUUCUAAAUGGUCUACAACUAGGAAUCAUCUGAAGGAAUGGUAAAGACUGUUUACAUCUCAUUUCACCAAGAAGAUUGUAAAUGUUCAUUUUGACAGGGAGAAGAGGGGGUUGGGAUAGAAGUAAUGGUAUUUUGUUCAUGGAUGCUGAUAACACACUGGAACCAAUUGCCCUGAGAGGCUAUGGAGUCUGCCUCACUGGAGAUAUUCAGGAACAAUCCUAUGCCAUGUGCUCUGGGGUAAUCCUGCUUGAGCAGGAGGAUGGACAAGAUGUCCUGCUGUGGUCCUUUCCAACCUGACCCAUUCUGUGAUUCUGUUGUACCUUGAGCUGUCUUCAGCUGUUGCAUGUAGGAGAUUUAGUUGAAAAUGAGAUCUUUGGUGUGUAUAUACAGUUCCUUUGGAACUCUUGUCUUAAUACUAUUUUUUAAAACAAAGUCAGUAGUGCUAUUCAAAACUAUGCUAAUCCUCCCUUAUUAUUAGCUGCCUGAUAGAACAUACCAGUCUGACAUAAAUUUCUAGUUAAAAUGGAACUGUAUUUCCUCCUAACAUCAGUGGGGAGAAGUCAAGGUAGAAUUAUUUUGGAAGAUCUUUUGUCAGGUUGCUAGGAGAUCAUCAAGGCUCUGUCCACUCCUAUUGUCUUGCAUGCCAUUACUGCUGGUUUUGAGGAGGCAUCUCUUUCACACUGACACUUAAUUCACACAGGUGGAGGUGCUCCAUUACCAUCUCAGUGCACUUGAAAAUAUAGUUGGGAGUGUUGGGUGUCAUGACGGUGUCUCAGGAUUCAUGAGAAUGAAACAUUGUUUGUCAAAUAUCCUUUAAUCAUGCAUAGUUUCUGGAGGAUGUUUGGGUAAAAGAAAAGGCUAAGUAUAGAUUUCCAAAAUGGAGACAACACUGUUUCCAGUUUAAUGGGUAGAUGGAAAGGAGCACAGGAAUAAGGCAAACAUCUCUAGUGACCUUCAGAGCAGCUCUAGGAGGUCUCCUUUCUUUUGGACAACUUAAGAGCUAUGUAAAUGUGGUUCAUAGGCAAAAGCCAUUCUCUGGUGAAGCUUUUACUGAAGAGGAUUUCUCUUCUGCAGAUGUGUGCCUUCACAUUCCCAAAUCUCAAAUCUUACACAAUGUUCAUUUCUUUUCUACCAGUGUUUCCCAUGUUUUCUAUCACAGAUAAUUUUUAACAUUCUCUGUUAGCACAGAAAUGCCAUCAGACAUGGCACAUCCACUUUCUGGCCAAACAUCUUACAGAAAUGUUAAUGCCUUCCCUAAUACUUAACUGGAAGUAUUAAAUUUUCUCCUUAGCCAUGUAGUUUUUCAUAUACUAUCAUCAAUGUACUGCCUAACAAAUUAAAGGUCAAAUGUGUUUUACUACACAUAUGACUAUGGAUAGUGCACGUGAUUUGUUAAUAGUUUUGGACGAAGCCAACCCUCUAUGAGAAUCAGCUACUAUAAAUUGAAAUUGAAUUUGACAUGGAUGCCCCCUCAUCUCAGCUUGAAAGUGGCUGAUUUUACUGGCUACACCUCAUGAAGGUGUACUCUAAAGCCUUUGACACCAUACAGAAUUUGACUGCCCUGAGAUUUUACAGAAUAACAGAGGAUUAUACAUAAGGAAAGUAGAAAGGUAAAUGGCAUCAGCUCCCAAGUUGUUUGAAUGCCAGCAAAGCAGAUGCACAUUGAAUGACUCAACAUCUGUAAAAGGGGAAGUAUUUUUGCACAGAAAGGUGUUAUGACACAGUCACUUUAUAGAUGAUCCACGCUGCCCGUGAUACAAAGGGGGACAAGGGAAAUUAAGGAUAUGCGUACCCAUGCUAAUGCCAGAUGUUGUUCUUAUUGCUCUUGUAUCUUGAAUUACUGACAUUUACCAGACAUUGGAAAUGCCUGCUUUUUGUUUGCCAGUCCAUAUAGAAAAGGAACUGCUAAUAUUGCAUUUAUAGACUGUAGUUGUGAUGAUUUUCCUGAUCAUGUAUAUGUUGAUGCAUAAGUGAAUUCACAUGAUAGUUGGUUUGAG